AUGGGCCCCUGUACCGCCUCCUCAUGCUGCUGCCAGGCCCCUAAUCUGCCAUGGGCCCCUGUACCGCCUCCUCAUGCUGCUGCCAGGCCCCUAAUCUGCCAUGGGCCCCCGUACCGCCUCCUCAUGCUGCUGCCAGGUCCAGAGUCUGCAAUGGGUCCCUUCAACGGCCUACAUUGUUAGCCGCCUUUCGAACAUCGCCAUCACAGAUUUCCUGAUGUUACACUUUCAGGUACUCCUCACAACUGCUGGUGUGCCAUUGGCAGCUUUUUGCGUGACACCUAGGGUGCUGGCCCUUUGAGGAGGCCACGCUAUUCGCUGCUCGGCAGGCCCUAUGGGAUGAACGCCAUUCCUCUGUUGCACGCCUCUGGAACAAAUGCUGUUAACAAUGGCUGGUCAGGGUGCGGUAGACGUGGCGCACAGAUCUCAACGCCACAUGAC